AUGACCGGCGCCACCAAGAGCGGUGGUAAGCACCAGCCUCCUCCUCCUCCGUCCCCGAACAAGGCCGGCGAGAGCAUAAAUCCCCUGCUCCAGCCCUCCGCAUCCUCCACCGAGGACGACGCCUCAUCUGUCCUCAGCAGCCCAGCCUCUUCCUACCGCUCCGACUCACCAAGUCCCUCCUUCAGGCACCGCCGCCGUGCUGCCCUCGUUACCAAACGAAAUGUCUCUUUCGUCGGUGCCAUCUUGGCUGCGCUCUGCGCUGGCUCCAUAACCGCCUUCUCGCUGUACGGCCAUCUCUUCCAGGAGCGACUGCACUACACCCAGUACCAAGUCAACGGCAUCUCCAUUGUUGCCAGCUUUGCGCUCUACAUACUGGUCCCUUUCUUCGGCUACAUCUGCGAUCGCGCCGGGCCUGCACCGCUGGCCGGAGUCUCGGCUGUGCUGUUUGGGGUUGGCUACGGCCUGGCGGCAAUACUCUACAAGCAGGGCGAGGCAGCAGGCGGGUCAAAGCCGGGAAAGCUCUCCUACGCCCUGAUGGUCGUUGCUUUCAUCUGCAUCGGAAUGGGUUCCUGCGCCCUCUACAUCAGUUCGGUCACCACGUGCGCCAAGAACUUCGGAAAGGGCAAGCAUCGUGGGCUAGCGCUGGCGAUGCCAAUCACUGCCGUUGGUCUCUCGGGCAUGUGGCAGAGUCAGGUUGGCAGCCGCCUGCUAUACGAGCGCAAUCCUGAUGGAAGCAAGGGGGAUAUCAACGCCGUCUCGUUCUUCAUCUUCCUGGCCGUCUUGCUUUUUGUGGUGGGCAUAAUCGGGAGUUUGACCAUGAAGGUCAUCGACGAGCAAGAUCUUAUCGACGAAGCCGUGGAGGAGCUCGAGAGGAGUGGUCUUCUCGAUGGAAGUGCACUCUUCACCCCGGGGCGCACGUCGGCCGGUGGCUAUGGCACCAUCGAGAGGUCCAACCCGCUGGAGGACGAGGAGGACGCCCGCCUGUUGGACCCGGCUGCGGAUCUCGAAGACGACCCAAAUUUCAAGAAGAACUGGGUUCUCAACGCCGAGACUCGGCGGUUCCUCAACGACCACACAAUGUGGUUUCUGGCGGCUGGGUUCUUCUGCACCAUCGGUCCCGGCGAGGCUUUCAUCAACAACAUGGGCACCGUCAUCAAGACUCUCUACCCGCCCACUGCCAUCCUCAUUGGCUCAUCCACAUCAGCUGCAACCCAUGUCUCAAUCAUUUGCGCCACGAGCACGGUCAUCCGUCUCCUGAUAGGGGCUCUGACAGAUCUGCUGGCGCCGACGCCAGUGUCACAAUACGUGCAGAUUCCUUCCGGCCAGCCUGCUCGCACCAUUCUCCACCGCAUGAAGUUCUCGAUUUCUCGUGUCACAUUCCUCCUCUUCUUUGCACUCCUCAUGUCCAUUGGCUUGGCUGUACUGGCCUCGGGCGCGAUACAGAACCACGGCGAGCGAUUUUGGAUCGUGUCCAGUCUUAUCGGGGCGGGGUAUGGAGCACUUUUCAGCAUUACUCCCAUUAUUGUGACGAUAAUCUGGGGCGUCGAGAAUUUUGGUACGAACUGGGGCAUCGUUGCGACUUUCCCAGCGCUUGGAAACACGCUCUGGGGCUUGGUCUACUCGGCUGUUUAUCAAGCUGGCGCAGAGAAGAGCCCGAAUCCGCCAGAGGCAGGGAAUGGCGACCUCUUCUGCUACGGUACCCAGUGCUAUGCCACCGCUUACUGGGCGAUGGCAAUCAGUGUUUGGAUCUCUUGCCUGCUGGUGCUGUGGGCCUGGAAGGGAAAGAAUGGUUGGUCUCAGCGCGGCAUUGUGAUUUGA